AGAUCGCGUUAACAGAUGUGACUUCACUGUAAGACUUUUACUCUGAAAAAGAAGUCAUUCUCAGUGAGCUUCACAUGUUUGAGAUCGGGAAGCAGUAUUGAUUGGGUGCAGAGAAAAUGGGGCAAAAACCAUCGCAACAAUUGGCUCUGAAGGACAGUGAAGAAGCUCUCAGCCUCUGUGAGGCUGUCAGUGGAGCUACAGUCCACGCAGCUCGGAAAGUGCAGGAGUACCUUGGCUUUUCAGAUCCUCGGAGCAAUCUCUGCCCAGCUCCAAACACUUUGAAUGAGAUCUUCUUAAUUCACUUCAUCACCUGCUGCCAAGAAAAGGGAGUUGACGGGCAGCUCACCACCACCAAGAUGACCAAGCACCAGGCCUCACUGUUUGGGGCAGACUGGAUUUGGACCUUUUGGGGACCCGAUAAGCACAUAAGGCUUCAGCUGGCCGUCCAGACUCUGCAGAUGUCUUCUUUCCGUCCUGUGGAAUCUGAGCCUGGUGACCUCUCCCAUCCAGAACCCCGGGCAGAAGAGUCUUCCAGGAAGAGAAGUAGAUUUGAUAAACUGGAAGAAUUCUGUAACUUGAUAGGAGAGGAUUGUCUGGGCCUCUUUAUCAUCUUCGGUGUGCCAGGAAAGCCUAAAGAUAUCAGGGGAGUUGUCCUGGACAGUGUCAAAAGUGAGACCGUGAGGGGCCAUGUACCAGGAGGGCAGGCUGUGGCAGAAUUUGUCCUGCAAACUGAAGAUUGUGUCUCCAUCAGAGAGCUGCUCGGAAACUGUCUGAGUAAGGAAGAUGGGCUAAGAGAGGUGGGCAAGGUUUAUAUUAGCAUCCUCUGAACGGGAUAUGUGGGAUGAGACUGGUCUGUACGAUGAAAAGAAAAAGGUGUUUUAUUCUAGUAAGCAGGCUCAUCCACUUGCAUCAUCCAGGAAUGGGUUUGCCCCUCUCCCCCUCCUGCCCUGUCCCCAUUAAAU